AACUUUAGUUCUUUGCGAGUCGCCAACGCGUUCGGAGCUGAAAUCGGAGUCGGAAUAAACAGGCAGCAGGCAGACCGUAGGCAGCAGGCAAUCAAGUGAAGCAGCAACAGCUGAAACUCUCAAGAGAACGAACGCAAGCUGCAACGCAGAGUAUCUGUAUCUGCAGCUGUAUCUGUGCCCAUCAUUGUGUAUCCUUGUGCGUGUGUAUUGUGUGCGUGUUAGCCGGCUCUUGGCCAGUUUCUGUUGAUUUCGGGCCCCGUCAAACAAGGAGCGACAACCUAAUCAAUCAGUCAUUCAAUAUGGCAAUUUCUAAGAGCCAUCGCGCCAGAAGGAGCAGCUGCAAAGUCGUUCCAGGCAGAUUCUGCACCGGGAACAGGCUGACGAACCCCCUGGCCCUGCUCUUCGCGACGCUGGCCGCAGUGUCCAUGCUGGCCCCAUGCUCGACUCUACCUUUCGAGUCAACCACCCUGUCUGUGGAUGUCGAGGAAAUUGCAAGUCAAAACGAAACGACCGUUGCGCCUGCCAUUCAAGAUGUGGCCAUCGAUCCUGUCGAGACCAAAGCCUCUGAAGUUGUGGAUGAACUGGUGGACACCAGCUUUGUGUCUUUAGGAGGCGAGGAUCUGGAGCAGGACAUACGCAAUGCGGUGAAGAGUGAAAUGGAGUUGGAAAUGGAGGCGGAUGCCUCAAGUCCGGUGGUGCCAUUGAAGGAGGAGACGGCGCAGGGAGAGGCAAACGAAACCGAUCAUCAGGAGACUGAGGUUGAAAGUGUUCGCGAGCCCAAGACACUUGAAGCGGAGGAAGAAGCUCCCAAAGCACAACCAGCAGAAUCACCAGCGAACACCGAUCAGUCCCAGGAACAACAGCAAACAAAUCCACAUACAGAUGGCGAUACAGUCCAUACACUCGUGUCCAGCGGGGAGGAGGAGGAGGGCCGCAGCAGACCCUUGCCCAGCGUGACCAGCGACGUGGUGUCCGUCAUCUUCAACGAGAAUCGGGCCAUCACCGAGCAACCCAUCACCAAAACGAACCUGCUGGCCCUGGAGCAGGAGCACGAGGCGUUUGAGGACAGAGAGACAACUCCGUUGCCGAUCUAUGAAGGACCCAAGCACCAGGUGACCAAGAAACAAGGCGUGGAAGAUUUACUGCCCAUUGAGGUGGCACCAGAGGUUGAACCAGAGCCCGAGAUUGCCUCACAAGAAGCCAAAACUUUUCGCGAGGAGCGCACACUGGAGGAGCAAAAAGAUAGUCUGAAUGAAAUCGACACGGAGGAGAUUGAACCAAAAGCAACCAGCACCAUCCACGUGGACUCGGCACAAGCGGAACUUGAAACUGAAGCUGAGGUAGAGGCUAGGGCGGAGACUGCAGCAAAGGCAGAGCUUGAGGCGCAGGUGGAAGAGGCUGGGCCACCAGAGGAUACAAUCGUGGAGCCCGCAGAGCCCCAGGAAGCAGCUGAGGAGAUUGCCACGGAGGAGACUGCCACUGAAGCUGCAAUUCCCAAUGAAGAGCAACCCGAGGAGGAAGAAGUUGUUGUGGCACACACAGAGCAGAUUGAAGCAACCGAAGGGCAACCAAUUGCGGAUUCAGAUGCUAAUCACGAUUCCCACAACGUUGAAGAUGAGUCCAACGAGGGCCAAGAAGUAGACAGCGACGAAACAGAUGCCAAAACCGAGCAGCCCAAGGACGCGAGCGACUCAUCGGAGGAAGAAAAGGAGUCCGCAGGAGAUGAGGCAAAGUCUCCAUCGGAUGACAGCACCGCCACGCCGUUGGUGUCCUAUCCACCACACGAUGCCGACCAGACCUUUGACAGCAACUCGGCGGACGAGCAUUCGGCGCCACUGUCGCGGCCAUCCUCCUACCGCUCCACCAUGAUCAUCGCCCUGUGCUCGGGAACUGCAGUGAUCUUCAUCAUCACCUCGCUGGUCAUAUUCGUGGUGUCGUUCCAACGCCAGCAUGGCACACUCGACAUUGAGAUGCAGGAGCAGCGACUGGGCAAAGACUCACUGGACGAGGAGGAUGCACAGAUGAAGCUGCUCGAUGUGGAUCUCUCACCGCCCGUCAUCGUCUCAAUGGGCAGCGAGGAGACAGACGAGUGCCUAUAAGUAGAGCUUAGGCUUGAGGCGCUGACUAACCCACGGUGCCAUGUAAAUAUUUCUAAACCCCUGAGAUUUGCUUUCAUCCAAGCAAAGCAGAAAAGAAGACUUGAGCUAGCUCCUCCAACUGGUUGUUACUGAGAGAAAAGCGGCACACAAAUCGAA